AUGCUGUCCUACACCGCCAUUGCCUUGGUGCUCGGUUUCACCAGCGUUUGCGCUAUCCCGACAAAACAGCCCGAGCUAGAUGACAUCCAGUGCCGCUGUCUGACCUUUUCCACGAGCGCUGCUCCCACCCACUGCAUCUACCAGGAGCUGCUCACUCUCGACUGGGACACGGCCUACUCGCUCGCCCUGGCCAACGACCUCAAGAUCCAGUUUGCCAGCGACAAGACCAUUUCCAAGGUCCUCUCCAUUCCCAGGCCCCUCCCCACCAGUGUGCUCGAAGCUGUGCAGGAAGGCGAGACGCUCCCGCUUGACCCCUCCAAGAAGCUUCGCAGUGAAAACCGUCUCAUCUGCGGCUUUGGCGACGAAGUCGAACACGUCGGCGACGGCAGGGGCUUGAAGCCCGAAAUCCACUACGUCGGCACUGUCCUCGGACUCUUCAUGCUUCUCUUCAUCAUCUAUCUCAUCGGAGAGUACAUCUGGACCACAACCCUCGCGCGCACAAGGGGCAUCCGACUAGAAGGCGACGAAAAGGCCCUGACGGCAGAAUACCAAGCUCUAUCCCCAUCAGCGUCUCCCACAAAGUCAGAGUACGGCUCCUGUACUGCGUCGUCAGACUGCCACUGA